GGGACCGCAGGCACGUCCCGAUCCGCCGUUACAGCCGGCGAUUGCCCAACGUGGCCCCGGGGGGGGCUGAACCAGGGCCGGGCGCAGCUGGGCGAGGCUCACACCGCCCUCAACUGCUGCACAACGCUGAGCACCGCACCGCGAACACCGCACCGAGCCCCCGACCCCAGCCAUGUCCAAGGUUUCCCCUACUGAGACUGAGCGCUGCAUAGAGUCACUGCUGGCUGUCUUCCAGCGGUAUGCAGGGCGUGAAGGAGACAACCUCAAGCUCUCCAAGAAGGAAUUCCUGGCUUUCAUGAACACCGAGCUGGCUUCCUUCACAAAGAAUCAGAAGGACCCUGCUGUUGUGGACAGGAUGAUGAAGAGGCUUGAUAUGAACAGUGAUGGGCAACUGGACUUCCAGGAGUUCCUGAAUCUCAUAGGAGGCAUUGCAGUGGCCUGCCACGAUGCGCUGCUCGUUCAGCCUCCUCGCCCCUAGUCCCAACAGCCUCAUCUCACCCCCACUGUGAACAUUCCUCAACCAAGACCCUUGUAAAUGUGGAACAAAGGCCACAACAUCCCCACUCCUUGUUUUUAUGAAUAAAAGUUGAAAAUCCUA